ACCAAUCACAGGCGAGGAGCGGUGGGCUUUUCCCAUCUAGUUCUAUUUCCUGGUCUCUUCUGGAAUACCUGAUUCCCCCGACCCUAGAGGGCUCUGUGUGACAUAGUCAACUAGCAGAAGUCAAGAUCCUGUUUGAAAGGGCCUCCUUUCAGACAAGAGAUUUAACAUAUAGCUGAAAUUGUGGAAAAUCUGAGACUGACAAUGGCUGCAGAAGCGGUCCUAACACCCCCAAAGCAAACAGGGUCCCUUAUACUGAAACUGGUGCCAGGCCCUAAAAUGGGUCAGGAUGCUCUACAAGAAUCUUCUGUACCUCCCAAGACCAUCCACCAGUUAGUACUGGAGCACUUCUUUACCUUUCUGCCAGAGAAGAACCAGUCCCAGAAUCAUAAGACUGGCAAGGAAGACACCAUAAUCUUAGUGAAGGAUGUUACCUCAACACUGCAGAACAGGGCUCAUCCUGCUUCCUGGGUGACUAUUUUUCCGAAGGAUAGGCGUGUCCAUAAACGGGAAGUGGGGCCCCAGGCAUUUCCAUCUGAACUUCAGGAGCCUGUGGUAUUUGAGGAUCUAAAUGUGUAUCACUCCCAAGAGGAGUAUGUGGGCCUGGAUCUUGCUCAGAGGUCCCCCUUCUCCAGGAAUCAUGGAGAGGAGGAUGUUGGUGACAUGGUCUUAGAAGUAGAUUGCAAUGAGAAUAAGGAAGAUGAUCAUCAGCCAGAAAAUCCAGAGGAUGUAGAACAUCAUGAAAUGUCAUCAGGUUACUGUGAAAGGGAUGGUUCCCAGAUUUUUAAGCAGGCAAAAGGCUAUGAGAAGCAUCCAGAUAGCCAUGAAGAAAAAAGACUAAAUACCUCAGUCCCACAAGAAAAGAGAUUAAAAAGUCUUUUAAUUACUGUUGAAAAUGAUGCCCCAUUAGAAGACCUUUCAAAAUAUGUGGACAUGAGUAUUCUUGCACUUUCUCAGAAUCGAAGAACACGAAGAUUCUAUACAUGUCCACAGUGUGGGAAACACUUUACUGAAAGUUCUUAUCUUAUUUCCCAUCAGAGAACACAUACUGGAGAAAAACCUUAUGAUUGUAUUCACUGUGGGAAAAGCUUCAAUCAUAAAACAAACCUCAAUAAACAUGAACGAAUCCACACUGGAGAGAAACCUUAUACUUGUUCUCAAUGUGGAAAAAACUUUCGUCAGAAUUCUCACCGGAGUCGCCAUGAAGUAAUUCAUGUAAAGGAAAAACUCCUUAAAUGUCAAGAAUGUGGGAAAAGCUUCUUAGGAGAUGAAGAAUUCUUGCUUCAUCAAGAAACUCAUGAAGAAGAGAGGCCCUAUAGAUGUAGUAGAUGUGGGAGAAGAUUCAGUCGACAAUCAAACUGUACCAGACAUGAAAAAGCCCAUUUCAUACCUAAACCACAAAAGCAAGUGUUGUUGAGUUAAUCGAUCAGACCUCAUUUACCUUGACGUGAUUCUCCCUGUGGUGACCCUCUAAAUGCUAAGAAUGUAAGAAAAAUUAUUUGAAACUCUGAACUCACAUAGUGAAAUUUUGUUAAUAGUCCAAAUGAGAUAAAUAUCCAACCAUCACAGCUCAGGCAUUAUUUACUCUUUGAAGAAUGUAUAAGCAAAAAAAACUAUAUGAAUGGGCCAAGCCUUUGUAUUCAGACAAAGGACUAAGGAUAAUUUCCAUGUAAAGCAGUGCAAAGAGAACUGUAAAGUCUCCAAAUCUCUCUUUCAAGGAAAAGCUUCCUCUGUAUUUUUCUGUCUAUCUACAGGUUUGUCUUAGGAGUGGCCAGAGUAAAGGCUCAGUAUGAACCCAUUACUAAUGUAGUUGUAUCCUUCUUUCCUCUACGUGAAAAUUGGCAUUAAAAUAUGGCAAUAUAAAAAUGAAUCAAGUAUAACUGACACAUGCUACAUACUUGUCAGAGUCUUGGAUAUAGUGAACCAACAACUCUUAUUAGGUCUCUUAAAUAAGUAAAUGACUAAAAGUUUGAAAUUCUAAAAAGAAAGUUCACUUUAGACAAGGAACCACCAUGGAUUAAUGUAGAGGGUCUACAAAGUGGAUCACUCCCAUUUGGAUUACACCUAAGUGCAGUUUCUGGUCCUGUAUAGCUUUUACCAUUUCAGUACAAUAUUUGUAUUCUGUGACUUAUUUUGAAUAUUCAUGUUUUAUCAGAAAAAUGCCAUUUUUCCUCUGAUGUGAUUAAAAAAAGUUUUCUGCAUUCUUA